AUGGCAGACCAUCCUCGCUUGCGCUUUCGAUCGCGAUCUUUGUCGAGUGUGCCGAAUACCCCAGCCACCCGCCACAUCAGAAAGGAAGCUCUCUACAACCGACAUGUCGAUCUAGAGCGCAUCAGCAAUCUGUCGGACCCUCUUGAACGGGAUGAUCGAGCUUGCAAGAUCUUUGUCUCCUCGCUCGCUCUUAGCCACGACACCGACCGUGACAACCAAAGCAUCAUCAUCCGUCCUAGAACCAUCGGCAGCAAAGUCACCGGCACUUCUGGCGACCAUUGGUAUUUUCGCGCGUUAGCCUCGGGUCUUCCACAAGAUGUACGCCAUACUUUCGCUGCGUCGUCCUCAUCUUCGAUGUGUCAGGGUUUGGCAGGAUCUCAGAAGGUCGGCAGGAUCAAUCACUCACGCGGCAUUGCGAGCCAUGUCCUCAAGCUCUCCACUUCAGCCAUCCACAUCGCUCUAGCUAUUCAGCCUUCCUUCAUGCAUGCCUUCCUAACUGGUUAUCCUGGAUCACUGCCGACAGACCCUGGCGCGAAUAUCGCUGGCAGUCUGAUCAGAAGAUAUGGCGAGCUUUCGGCGGAGUACUGCCGCCUUGUCGCUCAGGACAGAGAGAGCCGCAAGAGCGUGAAGAGCAAGCAACGUCCGUCUAAGGGAGCCAAGAGCGCGAAGGUCAAUAUCCACACCAAUGGGGAACAGCAUCCUUCCAAUGGACACAAGAGCACGAAAUUCAAGAACCACUCAAACCGUGAACAAGAUCGUCCUCGAGGCAAGCGAGGCGGGAUGUACGGCCGCGGAAUGAGUAGGGCUAAGGCACGCGGCAAAGUUCCAAGCAACGAACAAAGCCAAGACAAAUCGCACAUGAACGAUCAUUAG